GGCCAUAUGAAUAGUAGCCCAAAAUCCAGUAUAAAAUGCCAUGCAAAUCCCAUCACAAAUUGCAUCAAGUAUUGCAAACUCGAUCAUGUCAUCUCUUGCAUACUUCUGGGCAUUCUUGAUUGGGGUGGUGCUUCUCACCACUCCCUCUUUGGCUGAUUACUCCGGAGCACCCUCGUAUGAGCAUCACCAUCCUCCACCGUUCAAGAAGCCUCCAGAGCCAAUCCACUGUCCACCUCCAGUCGUGAAGCCUCCGGUCGAGCCCAAGCCACCAAUUCACCACAAACCACCACCGUAUGGCCACUACCCACCUCACGAGCCGCCACCUUAUGUUCCCCAGCCACCAAAGUUGCCACCAACUCCGCCACCAAUUCACAAGGAGCCACCACCUUACGGUCACUACCCACAUCACAAGCCACCACCUUAUGGUCACUACCCACCAAUUCACAAGAAGCCACCAAUUCACAAGAAGCCACCACCUUAUGGUCACAACCCACCUCACGAGCCGCCACAUUAUGUUCCCCAGCCACCAAAGCUGCCACCAAUACACAAGAAGCCACCACCUUAUGGUCACUACCCACCUCACGAGCCGCCACAUUAUGUUCCCCAGCCACCAAAGUUGCCACCAACUCCGCCACCGAUUCACAAGGAGCCACCACCUUACGGUCACUACCCACCUCACAAGCCGCCACACAAGCCACCACCUUAUGGUCACUACCCACCUCACAAGCCGCCACCUUAUGUUCCCCAGCCACCAAAGCUGCCUCCCAUUAUCAUCAGGCCACCAAUUAAGCCACCAACUCUGCCACCAAUUCACAAGAAGCCACCACCUUAUGGUCACUACCCACCUCACAAGCCACCACCUUAUGGUCACUACCCGCCGCCACCUUAUGGUCACUACCCACCACCUUAUGUUCCCCAGCCACCAAAGUUGCCACCAAUUCACAAGAAGCCACCACCUUAUGGUCACUACCCGCCACCACCUUACUGAGUUGCCUUUGCAGCUUCAUCAACAUGUGUAAUAAGAUUAGUUACUAGAAUAAGAGCUGAUGUUGGCAAUAUGCGUUUCAUGAGAUGUAUUUACUUUCCACUUGAUCCACCGUUAUAAUACUAAUACAUAUGUCUAUGGCAUUACUGAGUUGUUUCUCAUUCUA